AUGUUCUCUGUCUCCGUGUCGCCCGUCUCAGUGGGCUCCAACAUUUUCUUCGCCUUCGCUCUCUGCUCCAUCUCCGCUCUAGUAUUGCUGCUCUUGCGCCGUUUCCUGACGAUCCGCUCAACCCCGGCCUAUCUGCUCGUCCCGAUUUUCCUUGCCCUUGCGCUCCCCGCAAGUGUGGUGCUCCUCGUCCCUAUCGAUCUCGCAUCUAGCGCGCGCAAUGGCACUGGUCCCAAGGCAAUCUGGUUACCUGACCGCAUGGUCCUGGUGUGCUGGCGCAUCGCCUAUUGGCUCAUCUUCAUGCUGACCUGGGCCAUCCUUCCUCUUCUCGGCGAAUAUGUCGACUCCGGAUAUCGUGAACCCAAAGCACGCAUCCUCUACUCCCUCCGCUGUAAUGCCCGAUAUCAAUUAAUUGUGCUUACCUGCGCCGUGGUCGGACUCAUCUAUAUUUCCAUCUCCAUUGGCUUUGAUCCCACCUCGAUCAAGGGUACGGUCAUGGCACUGGCCUACGUCUGGGGCCUUGUUCUCGCCAUUUAUCUCAUGGGUCACGGCUUGGUCUCGAUUCCGCGCAACCUGUUCCGCAAUGCGAACGUGAGCGGUCGCCUAAAGCGUAUCCAAGCGCAUGCUCCCAAAGUGCACGACCGCUUGAUGGACGCAGUCAACGAAUUAGAAAGUCUCAACUCGCAGGUCGCUCAACUCCAGCAACGCAAGACUGGAACCGCUCGCGACUUCCAGGAAUGGAUCGAAGACCUGUCCGAGACUUCUGGCUCUGGCUCCGGCGACGUGCGAGUCCCCAUUCUUGAGACCCCCGAGACAUCUGGGUCCGUCCCCUCCGUCAUCACGGAGCGAUACCUGGCCGACCUAACCAGACGCUUACAGCGCGCUCGACACAUGAAGGCGCGGUUUGUGGAUGAAUGGGAUCGUGUGGUGACGCUGGCGGCCGACCUGCAGGCCAUCAUUAAUUCCUCGGCAUCGAAGAAGCUCGAGUUCGGCGCUGGCCCCCGCCGCUCGUCUUGUCUGCCGAAAGUCAAGUUUUUGAAUCCCUACCUGCGCUAUCAACUAUAUUCCAAUGUCAUCCCGGGCCUGCGCUUGGUGUUCGGUGCAAUCUUCGCAGUUGCCUCGGUGUGCAUUGUCUGGUCGGAAUUGAUCAAGUCCUUGGCUCCGCAAUUUUCUGCCAUUACCUUGACCGUCAUCCCCAACUGGAAGGAAGAAAAGCCCCUUGGCUUUGGGAGCCAGGUCAUCGCUUCUCUCUGGCUGCUGUAUAUGUGUUCUGCCGCCCUGGUCGGUGUCAGCGAUGUCAAGGUCUGGGGAAACAGGGCCUUGGUGCGCCGCAACACGUACGGUGAGAGCGCGUGCUGGUACGCCAGUCUCGUCGCUCGUCUCACUGUCCCCAUUGCCUACAACUUCUUGACCUUCCUACCCAAGGACUUCCGUCGAACCACGACCUUCUACGAGUUCCUGGGUCGUCUCAUCAACCUGACACACCUUGGGAAGGGCUUUGAUUACAUCUUCCCCAUCUUCAUUCUCCUGCCCAUCUGCGCCACCCUGUUCAACCUCUACGGCCGAGUCAAGAACAUCUGUGGCUUCGGUCUAGCAGAGGACGAUGACCUGAACGAUGUCGAGAACAACCCAGCGGGGUAUGGCAUGGGCGGCUGGCGCGAGGGCCGCGACCUCAUCGAGCGUGAACUCAACGGUUUCGGCUCCUUGGCCGUGUCCUCCCGCGGUGGCCGCUCGACCUGGGCUUCGGACCGCAGCGACGAUGAAUCCGUCGGCUCCUCACGACUGCGCGUCGCUACUGGUGAGGGCUCUCGGUCCCCUCGGCCUACUCAACGACCCGUCACCGCGCCCACCGUCGUCGACGGUGAGGAGGAAGAAGAGGAGAAUUUUUUCCAGUCCUUCGCACACCGCGUACGAAACACCUUUGAAACCACCAACAAGCCACAAUGGCUCCAAGGUGAACCCUUCCGCCUCCCUCGUUGGAUGUCCGGCGACAACAACACCACCGAGGAAGGUGGUGUGACGCGGCUAUUUGGCGGUCGGGCUGUCCCUGGCCGACUGCGUCUAGGUUAA